UUACGAGAAAAGUCUCGGUGGUUGGCGAUCAUGUGACCGUACGAGUUCUGCUCUCCUUGUUCCGGGACAGUCGCCGCUCCUGCUCGCUGUCUGUACGCUUCGUCACGAUGCUGUGGUGCUUGUUGCUGCUGUGUGCAAGCGGCGCCCUGGGACAGCCUUCCCAAGAUGAAGUCCGCUCCUUGCCGGGGCUGAGCACCAGGAUCAACUUCAGGCAGUGGUCGGGCUACCUGGAUGCGAGCGCCGGAACACAUCUGCAUUACUGGUUUGUGACAUCUCAACGAGACCCAAUCACUGACCCAGUGGUCCUGUGGCUGAACGGUGGCCCAGGGUGCAGCUCGUUGGACGGAUUCCUCUCUGAAAACGGACCUUUGCAUGUGGAUGACAAUGGGCAGACCCUCUACGUUAACGAGUACAGCUGGAACAAGGUGGCCAACAUGCUGUACCUGGAGUCUCCGGCUGGUGUUGGCUUUUCCUACUCCGAUAGCGGAGACUACACCACCAACGAUAAAGAGGUUGCAGAGAACAACUACCUGGCCCUGCAGGAUUUCUUCAGGAAGUUCCCAAAUUUCACCAAGAAUGACUUCUACGUGUUUGGCGAAAGUUACGGUGGGAUUUAUGUGCCAACGCUGAGCUUCAAGAUCACAGAAGGUCCAGCACAAAUCAAUUUCAAGGGGUUUGCAGUUGGCAAUGGAUUGAGCAGCACGUAUUACAAUGAUCAGUCGCUGGUUUACUUCGCAUAUUACCACGGACUCCUCGGAGAAGAACUCUGGAUCGACCUGAACCGGUUAUGCUGCAAGGACGGAACCUGCAACUUCUACAACAACACUGCCGUGGGCUGCGCUCAGUUGCUCUGGGAAGUCAGUUCCAUCAUCUUCAACAACGGACUGAAUCUAUACUCACUGUACAUGGACUGUGCUGGAGGAAUACAGAAAGAUACCGCGCGCUUUGACAGAGACAUGAAAAAUCUCUUCCAAUUUUACCAGUUUGAAACGGUGAUGGCAAGAGGAACGGCCAGUCAUUUGGAUCCCCCGUGCAUCAACGGCACGGCCCAGAGGAACUGGCUCAACCAUGCUGACGUGAGGACAGCUCUGAACAUCCCGACACACGUCCAGGGCUGGGAGCUCUGCAGUGAGGUGAUUAAUGAGAGCUAUGGCCGCAUCUACACCAGCAUGGAGACCUUCUACCUGUCACUCCUUAGCAAGGGUCUCCGUGUGCUGGUCUACAAUGGGGACACCGAUAUGGCCUGCAACUUUAUGGGUGACCACUGGUUUGUGCAGUCACUCAAUCUGGUGAAAACAGUUGACUACCAGCCAUGGAUUUGUGAUAAACAGAUUGCUGGGUUCUACGGACAGUAUGGAAACCUUACCUUCUUGACCAUUAAGGGAGCCGGACACAUGGUACCACAAUGGGCACCCAAACAGGCUUUGAAGAUGUUCGAGUCCUAUCUCUCCAACGCUCCGUACUGAGACAGCACCCACUCAGUUUCCCAGCUCGCCGGCUCGCAAUCCAAAGGCCCGAUGAUUGGCCGCUUUUCUAGCUUCUCUUAUGACAAUGAGCUUUUUAAUCACAGUACACGGACUAGAGUAACUGGCAGCAAGCUAAGCCAAGUGCAGGCAGUAAUACCUGGCUCAGACAGAGACCAGACCAGGCUGAUGCGUGCAAACACGAGGAAAUCUGCAGAUGCUGGAAAUUCAAGCAACACACACAAAAUACUGGUGAACGCAGCAGGCCAGGCAGCAUCUAUAGGAAGAGGUAUUGGAAGGGUCUCGGUCUGAAACGUUGACUGUACCUCUUCCUAUAGAUGCUGCCUGGCCUGCUGUGUUCACCAGCAUUUUUUUUUUGAUGUGUGCAAUGUAUUUUUAACAAUACUGAGCAACUCCUAUUUAUUGAAUGAAAUGGAAAGGCCCUUAAUUUAAUUUGCUCAGCCUGAUUGUUCAGCUUGAUGCUGUUGCUUCUUAAAAAAAAAGUGAGAUUAGAAAAUCUUGUUCAGGAUUUGUGCAUUUUUCCCAUCAAAUGAAGUACAUGAACUAAUCAGUUCUUUGAAAGGGCUUCUGCAUUAAUGUUUUAAUUUGAGGACGUGAUUGUUUGAAAUAUCCGUGACAUUUGGACAAAUUGACCACUCUUAGCUCUGCUGGGAAAGGGCAGGAACCCCCACUUUACAACACAUUCUUCUCGGGAUUAAUGAUUGGUUUACAGAAAGGGUCAUGGGGAUAACUUGCCCUAUGUCAGAUGGACCAGGAUACCUCAGUCUCUGCUUCCUUAUUCUUUAAGAUUGUCCUGGAGGGAAGAAUAGCUCUCUGCUCCCCAGCAUGGCAUCAGCUCCAGCAGAGGGCACACAGAUCUCGGCUCAGUCCUGGGGGAGGAUCUGGGCCACAAGGAGACGUGGAAUGUGCACCGUGUCCCCUGGCAAGCAAUGUCAGAAUUACCGGAGCACCAGGUUCAAAAUGUGCCUGAUUUACGUUAACAAUCAGGUUGACCUGGCUGCUGCUCUGUGGAAUACUCUGUUUUUAAAAACCAGUAACUGCUUUGAUCCUAAAGUGCCCGUGGCCUGCCUCAACACAGUAUUCCGAGGCAAUGAAAACUUCUCGUCGUCUUGUGCAUCACCAGAUGUGGCUGCGUUAUUGACCACACAGGGCAAGUCUGGAGUUUCCAAAGUCACCAAAAUCAUGAAUACAUUCAGAAAAUUGUAAGGAUCCCAAUGCUGAUGCCUGUAGUUACCCUCAUUACCAAACCGAGUCUAGAACGAAUUUGCCAACUUAUCUCGGGUCUCCUGGCCUUUCUGAACUCUCCCAUGUGGGACCUCAUCAGUGCCUGACUGGAGUCUAUGUGGACUACUUGAUGGUGUGAUGGACUCAGACUUAAAUUUUAACUGUCACAUUAAGACAAUUACAAAGUCAGCCUACUACCAUCUCAAAAUAUAGCAAGAUCAAGAAAAACUCGUCCAUGCAUUUAUUUUUAGUAGGUUUUAUGGCAUUUUCACAGUCUCUUUAAAAAAAAUCCCUCCGACAGCUGCAGUUCACUCAGAACACUGCUGCCAGAGUCCUCAGGAAGACCAAGAAAGUAGAACACAUCACUGCAGUUCUCCGAUCACUACACUGGCUUCCUGUCCAUCAGGGGAUUGGGUUUAAAGUAUUACGACUGGCUUAUAAACAACUGAAUGGGCAAGGAGUGUUGGCGCGUGGCCAAAUGGUUAAGGUGUUGGUCUAGUGAUCUGAAGGUCGCUAGUUCGAGCCUCAGCUGAGGCAGUGUGUCCUUGAGCAAGGCACUUAACCACACAUUGCUCUGCGAUGACACUGGUGCCAGGCUGUAUGGGUCCUAAUGCCCUUCCCUCGGACAACAUCUGUGUCGUGGAGAGGGGAGACUUGCAGCAUGAGCAACUGCCGGUCUUCCAUACAACCUUGCCCAGGCCUGCGCCCUGGAAACCUCCCAAGGCACAAGUCCAUGGUCUCACGAGACUAACGGAUGCCUAUAUUUGUUAUGCCUAAUGGUCGAUGGCUAAAAUACAUCCCUGAUCUCCUUCUGCAUUAUGAACCAUCCUGAGCUCUCAGGUCAUCUGGGGCUGGUCUGUUUACCAUCCCCAGGGUCAAAACUACACAUGGUGAAGCAGCUUUUAGUUACUAUGCUCCAUAUAUCUGGAAUAACCUUCCAGAGGAUCUGAAGUCUGUGCCAACGUUAAGCUCUUUUAAAUCUGAUCUGCUGUAGCUUUUAAUUAGAAUUUUCUCCACAGUAACUUCUAUUCCUUUUUAAAUCUAUUUAUCAUAUAUAUAUUUGUGUGAUUUUAUUCUCUUUAUAUUGUCUGAAAGCUGAAGUUUGAUAUUUAAAUCUUGUUCUAUGUAAAGCACUUUGAACUCCUUGACUGAAAACUGCUAUACAAAUAAACUUGCUUUGCCUUACUUCAA